UGGCGUCACAUGUUUGCUCUCAUCAAACAAGGUAAACAAGUGAUUGUUAAAGAUGCGUUCGGUGGCUUACAUAAGCGCACGCUGAGCUCACGCUGCACUGAGAGCUGACAGCCAUGUCCGCUUGGAGGACGCUCGCGCUCCUGGCCUUCACUGGCUCCUGCGCCGCGGCCUCGGACUGCUCCUACUCCUCGCUUCUCAGCCACUUGAACCUCAGCACCUCCAAUGACCUUCUGACCAUCAUGAGGCCUGUCAGAAACUGGACUACAGUCUCCGUGGUCCGCUUGGACAUCCUGCUGUACGGCAUCUUGGAAGUGAAUGAGAAGUUUCAAACGUUGACGAGCCACGUGUGGAUGCAAAUGGUGUGGAAUAAUGAAUAUCUCACUUGGAACCCAGUCCAGUUUUGUGGGAUAAACAAGCUGACUGUUCCCAAAUCCAUGCUCUGGAUCCCGGACAUUGUCAUCGAAGAGGACGCCUCGGACUCGGGAAGCAUGAAAGUGAGUCCCUACGUGACCUUGCAUUUCAACGGCUUGAUGCAAAUCUACACUCGGCAGCGGCUCACCUCCACCUGCACCCUCAAUCUUUUCUCCUUCCCCUUCGACAAGCAGAGCUGCAAUAUCUCUUUUCGAUCCAUGAACCACGACAAAAACACUGUGACCCUGGUGACGCUCCGCGCCGACGACUUCGUCACUGACGUGCCUGAGCAGCAGCUGGUGACUAAAGGAGAGUGGACGCUGCAGGCCGUGGAAAGUGAGCAGAACGGGACUCAAUUCUCAAACCGAGACAUACUUGUUUUCCAGGUGAAAAUCGCAAGGAAGCCCAUGCUGUACGUCAUCAUCUUCAUCAUACCCAUCCUGUGCCUGCUCUUGCUGGACUUGGCGUCCUUCUUCAUCAGCGAGGCCCGCGGCGAGAAGAUGAGCUUCAAAAUCACAGUGCUGCUGUCCAUCUCCGUCCUGCUGCUCAUUCUGAAGGACAUGCUGCCCUCCACUGAGGAGAACUUGCCACUCAUUGCAAGCUACUGCAUUGGGGUCUUUGCCCUGGUGGGCUUCAGCGUGCUGGAGGCCAUGCUGAUGAGCUUCCUCAUCGACCUGGACAAUAAAUGCGCAAAGACAUACAACUCACGCAUGAAUACUCCCGUCGCAGUAGAGCAGCAGAAAGAUGACUUGAAACUCACAGAGCACGACCUGAUAAAGCUGGUGCUGCAGGAAGUGAGAUCGAGCGCACAGGAAGCGGGCAAAGGAGGCGCUGUCGAGCCAAAGCAGAGCUGCUACAGAACAGUGGUUAAUAUCAUAGAUGGAGUUUAUUUCUGCUGCUACGUAUGUACCGUUGGAAUUUUUGUGGUCGUCAUGUAUACUACGUGGGUGCCAAAAGAUUUUUUUGAUUAAAAGCAAUCCUAAAAUCAGGGGUUGAGAACAUGACACACUCAGUCUCACUCUGUAUUGUACUGUUUAAAAAAAUGGUUAUUUAAAUAUGAAGAUGAUUCUAUGAAUAAUGUUCAGACACAUGUUAGACUGGAUAUUUGUAAUUAGUGUCAAACUGAUAGGAGGACGACGUGUUCUGGAUAUACUUGUUUUGUAUUUUAGUGU